AUGGCUCUGAGGGCCGUGCAUGUCUUUAACGUUCCUAGUCUCCACCAAGUCACAGAAAAUGCAGCAUUGGCCCUCCAUUCUUCACGCUUGGCUCAAGGUGUGAAAGAUGAAGGUGAAGAAACCAUAUGUGGAUACGAAUGGCCCAAGUUCAUGGUGAUGGGACACAGAGGCAGCGGGAUGAACAUGCUACAAUCUUAUGAUACAAGGCUCAAAUGCAUCAAAGAGAACUCUAUUCUCUCUUUCAAUUCUGCCGCUAAAUUCCCUAUCGAUUUCGUCGAGUUUGACGUUCAGGUGACCAAAGAUGACUAUCCAGUCAUUUUUCAUGACAACUUCAUUGGCGCUGAGGACAUGGGUGUUUUCAAGGAGCAAAGGGUUACAGACAUAACUCUGCUGGAAUUUCUUUCCUAUGGACCUCAGAAGGAGGCAGGAAAGGUUGAGAGGCCUAUGCUUAGAAAAAUAAAAGAUGGAAGAAUUUUUGAGUGGAAGGUAGAAAAGGAUGACUCCCUAUGCACAUUGCAAGAGGUGUUCGAGAAAGUUGAACAUUCCAAGGGUUUCAAUAUAGAAUUGAAGUUUGAUGAUCAGAUAGUCUACAAAGAGGAAAAACUCGAGCAUGUUCUUCGAGUGAUCUUGCAGGUGGUAAAUAAGUUCGCCAAAGACAGACCAAUCCUGUUUUCAAGCUUUCAGCCUGAUGCUGCACUUUUGAUGAGAAAAUUGCAGAGCACAUACCCUGUGUAUUUCCUCACAAAUGGAGGGUCUGAAAUUUACGCGGAUGUUCGAAGGAAUUCGACGGAAGAGGCCAUUAAGGUUUGCUUGCGGGGCGGUUUGCAAGGAAUUGUAUCAGAAGUAAAAGCUAUCUUCAGAAAUCCAGGAGCAGUGACCAGGAUCAAAGAGGCCAAUCUUGGCAUUAUAACCUAUGGACAAUUAAACAAUGUGGCAGAGGCUGUGUACAUGCAAAUUCUAAUGGGCGUGGAGGGAGUGAUUGUUGACCUUGUUCCAGAGAUCACAAAGGCAGUUUUUGUGUAG